GCACAGCAGAGUCCAGCCGGUCAGCUGCCCACAGCGCUGAUACUCUUACCUCCUCUGACCCCCCCAUUCUUCCGGCAACAGCACCCACCAGUCAGCGGCCAAGCGGCGAUGGACGUCUUCUCCUCGUCCCAGGCGUUCUACGACAGCGCGUGCGCCUCCUCGCCCGAGGAGGAGCUGGACUUCGGGCCGAGCGGCGGCGACGAGAUGGCCGGCUCCGAGGAGGACGAGCACGUUCGGGCGCCCGGCGGCGGCGGCGGUCCGCACCAGCCGGGCCACUGCCUCCAGUGGGCCUGCAAGGCGUGCAAGCGCAAGGCCAGCACGGUGGACCGCCGACGGGCCGCCACCAUGCGCGAGCGCCGGCGCCUCAAGAAGGUGAACCACGCCUUCGAGGCGCUGCGCCGCUGCACCUCGGCCAACCCCAGCCAGCGGCUGCCCAAGGUGGAGAUCCUGCGCAACGCCAUCCAGUACAUCGAGAGCCUCCAGGACCUGCUCCACGAGCAGGUGGAGGGCUACUACGGCCUGCCCGGCGCGGCGUCCAGCGGCGGCGGCCGCGUGGGGGAGAGCGGCUCGGAGCCGGCCAGCCCCUUGUCCAGCUGCUCCGACAGCAUGAUUGACUGCAACAGCCCAGUGUGGCCACAGAUCACUUCACAUUAUGGAAAUGGAUACAGCUAUGAGGCGCAAAGCGUAGCCUCCAUGGAGAGGAUCCCCGCCGCGUCCAGUCUCCAGUGCCUGUCCAGCAUCGUGGAUCGGCUCUCGUCGGCGGACGCCGCGGGCCCUCUGGGCGUGAGGGAUACGGUUACCCUCUCCCCCUCCAGCUCCGUCUCCCCUCCUGCCACACCAGACAGCUCACACACCAGGCCCGUCUACCACGUGCUUUGAGGAAGGGGAGAAGUCUGUGUGUGUGUGUGUGUGUGUGUGUGU